AUGGUGACCAUGAUCAAGGGGACGUGCAUGGGCUGGAAAGGAGAGUCGAGUUUGCAUGGAGACGAGGUCGCACAAAGGGUCACGAAGGAUGCAUGCUUGAUCCAAGGCAUUGCAGUAUACCGUAUAAGGGAUAUUUGUAGGCGCCAUAACAUGCCCCGCAUCCGCAUCAUGAGCAUGAGCAUGAGCAUGACUAUGAGCAUGAACAGGAACAUGAGCAAAGAGUAG